UGCCCCUCUCUGUUGUCAUGGGGAUGUCCGCUGACAUCCGUCCCCCCAGGCCCGCCCUCAGGGUGGAGCCAGGGUUUUAGUUUUCCCCUCGCUCUAUUCCACUUCCGCUCGGGGAAAGGCUGCUUCCGGUGCCUCUGCGGCGUGCUGCCAGGUAUCAUGGCGGGGCAGCGGCCCCUGCGGGUCUUGUGCCUGGCGGGCUUCCGGCAGAGCGAGCGGGGCUUCCGCGAGAAGACCGGAGCGCUGAGGAAGGCGCUGCGGGGCCGCGCCGAGCUCGUGUGCCUCAGUGGCCCGCACCCACUCGCCGACGCGGCCCCCGAGGGCGCAGCGCCGGGCUCCGGGCCCUGCGCUCCCGAGGAGCAGCUUCGAGGCUGGUGGUUUUCAGAGCAGGAAGUAGAUGUUUUCUCCGCCCUGGAAGAGCCUGCAGUGUGCAGGGGACUGGAGGAAGCCCUGGGGACGGUGGCCCAGGCACUGAAAGAGCUGGGGCCUUUUGAUGGGCUCCUUGGUUUCAGCCAGGGGGCUGCGCUAGCAGCGCUUGUGUGCGCCUUGGGCCAGGCGGGAGAUCCUCGCUUCCCCUUGCCUCGGUUUACCAUCCUGGUAUCUGGUUUCUGCCCUAGGGGCCUUGACCACAAGGAACCUGUCCUACAGGGCCCCUUGACAUUGCCUUCACUCCAUGUUUUUGGGGAAAGCGACCGUGUCAUCCCUUCUCGGGAGAGUAUGCAACUGGCUAGCCGAUUCCCUGGAGCCAUCACCCUCACCCACUCUGGUGGCCACUUCAUUCCAGCAGCUGCACCCCAGAGGCAGGUCUACCUCAAGUUCUUGGACCAGUUUGCAAAGUGAAAGAUCAACAAACACCUUCUGCCACUACCUUCUGCCCUUGGGGCAGCCUCUACAAUCUCCGUGGGGGCCCUCCACUGCUAUUAGUGCUCCUCACUGCUAUGAGCAAUUCUAAGGAGUCACCAGCCUUGUCUUGCACUCAAGAAAAGGGGGGAGAGCAGGCUUUCAUGGACUUUGACUUUCACUUCUGCUACACAGACAUGGAAGAGUACAGAGAACCAUGGAUCAGAGGAGGUGAUGUGAGAAAAGCGGGCUGGCACAACUGCAAUUGCCACACAAUAAAACGAUCUGGACUUUGAGCAUCUUUUCCUUGGUACACACAGAAAAAAGACAUUUUAUAAUGGAAGUCCACUUUGUUGGCCAUUCACACAACUUCCUGGCACCGUUUCCAGUUGUGAGUCCCAGGACAAGCUGAGGCGUGCGUGCGUGCACAUAAACACAUUUUGGUGGAAGUCUUAAGUCCCAAACUGGAAAAGAGGCUUCAAUGACUGAAUCAGGGAAGAAUUUUAAAUGAGAGGCUUGGGGAAGACAUAACCUGGCAAAGUGCUACUUGGGCUUCCCUGAUUUUAGGCUUCCUCCCCCUUGAUCCCUGAAAGUUGUAUGGCCUUCCUUCAAACCUCCAUAACUACCUUAUCCUGUCUGAAGUGAGUUUGAAGGUUGAAGUGGCACCAAACUGGGUGAAGGCCAAAGAGAGCACAGAAUAAACUGUCUCUUCUUAACUUGA